GAAGGCAGGGCGGUGGGAGGGUGAUGGAGAGGCGCGCGGGGCGGGUGGAAACGCGUGCUCGCCCCGCACCUCCGCAUCCGCGAGGGGAGGCUCCUGCCCCGCGCCGCAGCCAGUCCCCGCGCGCUCGCCCCCGCGCCUCCCUCCCGCGCCCCCGCUCCUCCGGCCGCCCCCGCGCCCCCCGCCGCCUCCUCCGCCCGUGGACCGCUGCGCGCUGCUGCCCCGGGGGGCUGGCGUUUCCACCUGUCACCGCGCCGCCGCCGCCGCCGCCCAAGUUUUCAGGGAACUUACCUGGCGCGUCGUGUGCCUCAGGCUCUUCCCCAUGGCCGCCGCCCCCUCCUCCCGCCAGCUCCCCGGGCCCCCCGCGCCCCCCGCCCAGCCCUGCGGCCGCCGGGCCCGAUGAACGCCAGCAGCGGGGACUCGGGGGGUGGGAGCCCCGCGCGCAGCCGCCCGCACCCCGAGCGCUCCUGCUUCCGAGCAGCCACGCAGCGUCCGUCCGGGGCAGGAGCAUUGCGGAUGCGGCGCGGGGCCGGCGCGGGGCUCCGGGCGCUCUCGGGGGUCGUGAGCGCCGCGCCCCGCGCCCCCGCACGCCCCCCACCCGCCCGCGCGCCCCGCCGGGGCCAUGCAGUCUCUCAUGUCGCCGGUGACCAAGGCGAUCCUGGUGGCCCUGUUCAGCUUCGCCAUCCUCCUCAUCCUCUACGUGAUUCUCUGGUACAUCUGCCGCGAUGUGGACUGCGACCACGGCAUCUGAGCGCCGCCGGACCCCCGGGCCGCCACGCGGGGGGCGUCCGCGGCGGGAGGGCCCUGGGGACUGAGCGGUCCCGCGGUGCCCCCAGCUUGGCGCUGGAGACCCCCGCCCCGGGCCCCGCCGCCGGCCCUGCACCGCCUCCUGGCCUUGACCUUCAGCGACGCGCCGGGGAGAGCGGCCUUCCAAACUUAAGGGGAAGGUCCCCCACGCGGCAGAGAGGGCCUCCUGGAAACUUCAGCUUCUGUGCAAGAAGACUGGAGGGAAGUGGGCAAAUUUGAGUCGUAUGGAAGCCUGAGAUGGAGCAAAGCUUAAGAACAUGUAGACAGUCCCCUAAGGCGCUGGAGAACGCUGGCGGCUGUGGAGUCAUGUGUUUGCAUGCAUGACAGGUGCCAGCCAGGGAGCUGUGGGCACAUCACCCUGGGAAGCCAGCACCCACAGGCUAGGACUGCAGCGUGCAGGGAGGAUCUCUGAAGGUCACUGCUCCGCCCUGCUCUGAAGACUGUCCACCAGCAUGUCAACGCAGCUUCCCUGCGGGGGUUGAAGGGUGGGAGGACUGUCAGUCAGGAUUAAGGCCAUCUCCCCCGCCCAUCACUCCUUCUCCUUCUGCCAAGCCAUCACCAGGCAGCCGGGACUCAUGGGCAGUGUCACCUCCGGGGCCAUGCUGGCAUCUGUAACCUCCAUCCACCCUCGAGGUCCCAUCCAGCCAGCUCUGCCCACCUGCCUGGCCCAGUCUGUUGUGAAGUUUCACGCUCCUUCCUCUUGUGCAGAGUCGGAAUUCACGGGGGUCACCAUGCCCACAGGUACCCCAGUAGAAGUGUUGACUCUUAUUACUGGCUAGACCCAACCAGAGGACAAACCAGCUUCAGAGAAUGCCAUCGUUAAAGUAGGUGCCACUGGGGGGUUUCCGCACUUAACUCUCCGAUGCUGUCCCCGCCAUCAACCUGAUACAGACUUCGUCCCCUGCGAGAUCACUUCCUCUCAAGUGCAGACCAGAUCCCCCGGGAAGAGACUCCUCGUCCUUAUUGUUGCCAAGUGACCCCGAAUAUUCCUCUCCUGCCUGUUGCAGAAAAGGAAAAGUCACGUUCUGGAAGAACAGCAUUGCCAAAUACAAACGAGAGACUCUGCACCUAGAACAAGAGUCCCGGAAAUUUCUGGAAGCAAAUCUCUCACUUGUGACCAUCAGAUUCCACCUGAUGCCUAAUGCACCUUCUCAAAUCUCAUUACGUGUGACAGCCGCAACGCCCGGUCCAGUGGCCACAAAGGACUCUCCGCUGUGUUUCUUCUGCUUCCUUUAACUCACGAGAGUGAAGAGAUGAGGACGAAGGCGGGCCGAACACUGGUCUCUCUGAAUGCCCUGGACCGACAGCAGCCCUGGUCACCCACUCACCAUCCUGUCCAUAUGCACCCUGGUGAGCAUUUUCUAGAAGCUCCCAUCGUUCCGUGUUUGUAGGUGUGAUGUGUGCCACCUCCGAGGCUGUCGUAGCUUCCACCUCCUCUGUCUGCAGAGAGGCCACAAAGACAGAGCUGAGAAAUUAUGGCUAUCCCAGAAAAUAAAAUAUUUUUUGAAACCACA